GAGCGGCACCGGCCGGAACCGGGCAGGUCUGCAGGGAGCGCCGAGCCUCGGCAGGAGCGGCACCGGCCGGAACCGGGCAGUCCUGCAGGGAGCGCCGAGCCCCGGCCCCGUGUUGAUACCGCUGUGUUUAACGCGGGACGAGCAGCGCCUCCGUGCCGCCGAUAGCCCGGGCCGGGAUGGAGCGAACGCACCGGCUGGAGCUGUUCCCUCAGCACAGCGUCACGCUGCUCCUCUUCCAGCACGUGAAAAAUGCCGCUGCCCUGCGGAAAAAAGCCAUGGAAGGGUGCAUUGAAGGAGCACUGAUAAACCCGGCGAUGAUUGUAGAUCCUUUUCAGAUUCUUGUGGCAGCCAACAAAGCAGUGCAUCUAGAGAAAAUAGGUAAAAUGAAGACCAGAACACUCAAUGCAGAAAUUAUUUUCAGCCUUUCACCAAGCAACAAUAUUUCAGAUGCAUUUAAAAAGUUUGGCAUUUCAGACAGCGACACAGCAGUGCUCAUUGUGCUGGUUGUGGAUGGAGACAAGACUGUAAACCUGGCAGAUAUAGCAUCUCAGGUGGAAGGCCAGCAAAUUUCCCUAGAUGAACUCCCCCAUCUAACAGACACUGCCAAAGUCAAAAAGAUGUACAAAAUUACUCCACAAGAAGAAAAAAUCGGCACGUUAUUGGAUAGUGUUAUUUGCAGAAUGUCAACAAAAGAUGUUUUGUGAAAAUGUGGAAAUAAAUUUCAGAAAAAGUGAA